CAUCCCCACCGCGACCCCCAGGGCCCCCCGCGCAGGUGCAGGCUCCCGGCUCGGGGCGCCCCAGCCGGGAAAAUGUGAGACAAUUCGCUGCGGCUCGAAGGGGGAAAGCUGGUGCUGUGUUCUUGCAAGACCAGAGUAACCUCACCGUGGUGGGCACCAGCGACCGAACGAGCGGAAAUGGACGAUAAUAUGGAUACAAAAUCCAUUCUAGAAGAACUUCUUCUCAAAAGGUCACAGCAAAAGAAGAAAAUGUCACCAAAUAAUUACAAAGAGCGACUUUUUGUUUUGACCAAAACAAACCUCUCCUACUAUGAAUAUGACAAAAUGAAAAGAGGCAGCAGAAAAGGAUCAAUCGAGAUUAAGAAAAUCAGAUGUGUGGAGAAAGUAAACGUGGAGGAGCAGACUCCCGUGGAGAGACAGUACCCAUUUCAGAUCGUUUAUAAAGAUGGGCUUCUCUACGUCUAUGCAUCCAAUGAAGAGAGCCGAAGUCAGUGGUUGAAGGCAUUACAAAAAGAGAUAAAGGGCAACCCCCACCUGCUGAUCAAGUACCACAGCGGGUUCUUCGUGGACGGGAAGUUCCUGUGCUGCCAGCAGAGCUGCAAAGCGGCCCCAGGAUGUACCCUCUGGGAAGCAUAUGCUGAUCUGCACAUUACAACCAACGAAGAGAAACAUAGAUCUCCCGUCUUCCCAGACAGGGUGCUGAAGAUUCCUCGGGCAGUUCCUGUCCUCAGAAUGGAUGCCCCAUCCUCAAGUACCACUGUGGCCCAGUACGAUGGCGACUCAAAGAAAAACUGUGGCUCCCAGCUGAAUGUCAACACGCGUUAUAUUCCAAAGGAAGACUGCCCUGACUGGUGGCAAGUAAGAAAAAUGAAAAGCCAUGAGGAUUUUGCAUGCAGUAACCAAAGGGAAAGAAAUUUCGUAAAUCACAGCACCUCAAAAAUUUCGUGGGGAUUGCCUGAGACAAGUUCAUCGGAAGAAGAGGAAAACCUGCAUGACUAUGACUGGUUUGCUGGUAACAUCUCUAGGUCACAGUCUGAGCAGUUACUGAGACAAAAGGGAAAAGAAGGUGCAUUCAUGGUCAGAAAUUCCAGCCAGGUGGGAAGGUACACAGUGUCCUUAUUCAGUAAGGCUGUGAGUGAUAAAAAAGGAACUGUCAAACAUUACCACGUGCACACAAAUGCUGAGAACAAAUUGUACCUGGCAGAAAACUACUGUUUUGAUUCCAUUCCAAAGCUUAUUCAUUAUCACCAACACAAUUCGGCAGGCAUGAUCACGCGGCUCCGCCACCCCGUGUCAACCCACGCCAACAAGGUCCCUGUCUCUGCAUCCCUGGGAAGCGGAAUCUGGGAACUGAAAAGAGAAGAGAUUACCCUGUUGAAGGAGCUGGGAAGCGGCCAGUUUGGGGUGGUCCAGCUGGGCAAGUGGAAGGGCCAGUACGACGUUGCUGUUAAGAUGAUCAAGGAGGGCUCCAUGUCAGAAGACGAAUUCUUCCAGGAGGCCCAGACCAUGAUGAAACUCAGCCAUCCCAAGCUGGUUAAAUUCUAUGGCGUGUGUUCGGAGAGCUACCCCAUAUACAUAGUGACUGAAUACAUCACCAACGGGUGCCUGCUGAGUUACCUGAAGAGCUGCGGGAAAGGACUUGAGCCUUCCCAGCUCUUAGAAAUGUGCUACAAUGUUUGCGAAGGCAUGGCCUUCUUGGAGAGCAACCAGUUCAUCCACCGGGACCUGGCUGCUCGGAACUGCUUGGUGGACAGUGAUCUCUCUGUGAAAGUAUCUGACUUUGGGAUGACGAGGUAUGUGCUUGAUGACCAGUACGUCAGUUCCGUAGGAACAAAGUUUCCGGUCAAGUGGUCAGCCCCAGAGGUGUUUCACUACUUCAAAUACAGCAGCAAGUCCGACGUCUGGGCAUUCGGGAUCCUGAUGUGGGAGGUGUUCAGCCUGGGGAAGCAGCCCUAUGACCUGUAUGACAACUCCCAGGUGGUUGUGAAGGUCUCCCAGGGUCAUAGGCUCUACCGGCCCCAGCUGGCAUCGGACACCAUCUACCAGGUCAUGUACAGCUGCUGGCAUGAGCUUCCAGAAAAGCGCCCCACAUUUCAGCAACUCCUAUCUUCCAUUGAACCACUUCGGGAAAAAGACAAGCCUUGAAGAAGAAAUUAGGAGAACUGAUGAGAAUGGAUAUAAAAGUUGGCAAACAUUUUCAUUCUUUUUAAGGAAAGUAGCAAGGCUCAGACAAUGUAACUGAGCUAAUUCUUCUUUAUGGUGUUCUGUGUGCUGUUUGUCUGUUAUACUACCUAGAAAUGAACAAGGUAGGAAACAACAGAUUUCCUUGAAUUUUAGGUCAAAUUAGUGAGCUUGGUUUGCCGCUCUUGAUAUAGCACUUCCCAGCCUAUAGCAGAAGUACAUUUUCUGAUUGCAAUAUAGAGAGGGUGUGAAGCAUGUAUAGACAUUGAACAGAAUUGAAAAAGAAUUUGUUGAAAAUUUGUUCUUUUCAUUACAUUGUCACUGUCAGGAUAAUUAAAUAUGCUAUUAACAAGUACAGAAAUGUGGGCAUUUGCCUUUACGUUUCAGUGUUCUCAAAUUUGAGCAUGCAUGAGAAUCGAUUCAACACUGCUUCCCAGGAACCACCCCAGAGAUUCUGGUAGAGCUGGCCUGAGUGCAGCCUGAGACUCUGCAUUUUUAACCAAAUCCUAGAGGUUGCUGAUGCGGUUAUUCAAAACUGCCCUGGAGGUCCUCCUUGCAUGGGGAGGCAUGGAUGGGUGGUCCAUAAUUGAAAGCAGAUGGCACAAUUCUCAUCUGAUCUCCAGAUUGGAACAAUGCCUUCUUAUGUCAUUCAUGGACACAAAUAUAAAACUAAAGUUAAUAUUAUUAAAUAAUAUAUUAAAAGUGUUUCACAUUGAGCAAAUUUUAAAGAGAUGCUAAAGUACAAUUUGAUGCCUUUUUCCUUAACCCUAACCAAUCAUCAGUCUUGAUUCAGUGGAAUCAUGGUCUUCACUCUAGAAUUUAGCAGCUUUUUGCUUUCUAAUAAUUUUUUUUUCUUUUUUUUCUAAUAAUUUUAAAUCCUUGCAUGUUGGGCUCUGGACUUCUGGCUAGUUUGAUAACUGAAGUUUCCACUUCAGUCUUCCAUCUUGAUACAAAGGUACAGAAGUACUUGUUUGGCUUCUCCUGGCUGUUACUAAAAGGUAUUUGGCUUUAAAACUGUUCCAGGGCAUGCCAUCCUGCCCAGCCUACUGCAGAACUCACAGGUUAUAAUCUUGUUUGCAAUACUUAGUUGUCUUUUACAUAAUGUUAAAAAGGGAGAGAAUAAGUUAUGUGGAUGGCACUACUACAAUGACAAGACAUCCCAAUUAAACCCAGCUACUGUUUUCCAGAUAGGAGUUAAUAAUGUCCCUUAAGAGACACUCACCCCUUUCUCAUCCAACUCAGUCCCUCCCCCUCCAGGUAUCAACAAUGGCCUCUCUUGGUUAUCUGUUUCUUUACAUUUAAAUGAUUCCUUUAUUUUCAGCAGAGUUGGCUUUUGAAAAUAGUCUAUUUUUUUACAGAGGUAUACAAAUAUCAGCAUAUAAUGAAAUGUAACUCUUAAAAUAUCCACUAGGGUAUUUAAACAUUCACUGGGCAUUUAUUUAGUACCUUCUGCAUGCCAGGUUCUUUCCUACCCAAGGGAAAAGAACAAGUGACACCAAACCUGGCCUGCCAUGAGCCCACAGCCUGAUGUCUUCACUGAGCUCUCCGAUCCUGUCCUCCGGGGGCCUUCACCCCCUUAUAGAAGGAUUUUCCAGGCCCAAGCCAGGUCUCUGUGGUCUCCCUCUUGAAAAAUGGUUUUCCUUUCUUCUCCUCCUCUUCUUUGUAUAUUUGAUCUUUGCAAAAUAAUUCUCCUUGUAACAAAAGUAAUAUAUGCUCGUUGCAAAAAAUCAAACAACGCAGAACUAUCUAAUAUGAAAAGUUGACAAGUCUGGCUCUAAAAAUCAAGCCAAGCCAGAAUUUAAGGAACUGGCAGAGGUUUAUCAGAGAAUAAGUCCAGUGAUGCUGGAAGGAACCAAGUAGUGGAAGUACAGUCAUACUAUUUAAAACAUGCAUAAUAAUUUUCGAAUGCUGUUUGUGGUUGGUGGUGAUGUCCAGCAUUUAUCAUCCAGGGAACAGCCUACACUCCCUUGUGAGCAAAGAGAAAGGCAGCCUGUGUGGCAAGAAAUUUUCCCAAAGGGGGAGUUGGAGGGCACAUUCAGAUGCAGGCUUGACUAGCUGGGAGCCAAUAGAUCCCUUCCUGGUCUUGCUGAACUUUCUCUUAUGUGUCAAUAGGGUUUGGGCACAAUUCAUAUCAGUCCUAUUUGAGUUAAUUAAGAGGCAGCCACCAAUAGAGUCAAUUUACAAAGUGGAGUUUCUUGGUUUUAAUUCCAGCUCAGGAAGAGAGAUUGGACCUAAGGCCUCAUCUUUACCAAAGUUGGGGGUAAACUCUCAAACAAGGGAGUAAUUCAUGGAGUGACACCGGCAUAGAGGAGGAAGCACCUGCCCCCUUCCGCCCUAAUUGCUUCUCUUCUCCUCUUCCCAUCCCACUAAGAAAUAAUUAAAUUCCCAGGGCGGAAAUGCUCAGUGAACGGCUUCAGAUUCCAUAAACAAAUGUUUCUCAGGUCACUGCGCAUUGCACUGGCCCUUUCAUAUUUGUAAUUUCUUUUACUCCUCACUUCCUCAUAGCCCAGGGGUCAGCAAAGUUUGUAUGUAAAGAGCCAGACAACUCUGCUGGCCCUGGCCAGGUGGCUUUCUGGUCAUAUUGUCUCUGUGGCAACGACCCUCGUCUACCAUUGUAGUGGGAAAGCCGCUGCAGACAGCGUGGAAAUGAACAGGCAUGACUAGGUUCCAAGAAAACUUCAUUCAUGGAUAUUGAAAUUUGAAUUUCAUGUAAUUUUCACAUGUAACAAAAUAUCAUUCUACUUUCAAUUAUUUCCCAACCUCUGAAAAAUGUAAAAAAAAAAAAAAAUAUAUACAAUAAAGAAAUCGUCAUUCCCAGGCCAGAAGACGACAGUGUGCAGGAUUUGGACUGUAGGCCUGGUGUGUGGGGCCCUGCCUUAGCCCCAGGCACAGAACCCUCCUUGUAGAGUCUCCAUCCUCUCAGGAUGCUGCUACCCAGGAGAAGGCCCACAAGCCAGAUCUAUGCAUGCAGACUUCCCUGUUUUUCAAUACCAGGCUGAACUGUAUCCGUCGUGGAGACCAGUACUGCUCAAACUCUAAUGUGCACAGAGAUCUCCUGAGCAUCUUGCUGAAAUGCAGAUUCUGAGGCCACAGGUCUGGGGUGGGACCUGGGAGCCUGCAUUUCAAACAAGCUCAUGGGCGAGGCCAAUGCUGCUGGUCCAUGGCCCCCCACUUCCACCAUACUCUGGGCGAGGCUGGGGUUUCAACCCUGACUGUACAUUAGGAUGAUGGGGGAGCUUUUCAAACACUGGUGCCCAGGCUGCAUCCCAGACCAAUUCAUCAGAAUCUCUGGGGACGGGACCCAGGCACCCAGCCUGGGGCAUCUGAGUAUUUGUAAUGACUCCUCAGUGAUUCCAAUCCUAGGUUGAGAGCCCCUGAGUUAGAUCAGGCAUCCAACGGAGAGGAAACACGCCCAUCUUAGGGAAAGCACAAGUGAGGAGAGAAGGUGCCCUGAUCUCUAGGUCAGGCUUUAUGAUAUAACUGGUCUUCCUCCAACACCACGCGAAAGUUUGGUCUAAUGAUGAGGUACACAGAUUCUGGUACCAGACUGCUGGGGUUCACAUCUCAACUCUACCACUUAAUGGUGACAUAACCUUGAACCAGGUAAACUCUCAGCCUCAGUUCCCCAUCAGUAAGGGGCAGAUACUGUCUACCUCAGAGGGUGUUAUGAGUUGAAAGGCCCUCUUUUGCGUAGGGUUCUUAGAACAAGGCCUGGCUCUGUAGAAUCAUCUGUUAUUGUUAGUUGAACUCCAGGCUGUCAAGGGGCAAGAACACAGAUUUCUAAUGUUCUCAAAAAUAGGUCUUAACACAACUCGUUUUGGACUGAUUUUCCAAUUGCCUUGGGUAAUAAAGCCAUUUGAGAAGCUGGGAUAUGUCCCAAGACAUUUGGGAGAUCGAGGGUGCCACGCAGUCCAACGACGACUUUGCCCAUGGAAGUAAAAAGCAGACAGAAUCCACAAAAGCCCCAGCACGUAGUGACAGACGAGACCACAGGAGUGUGGAAAUCCAGCAGGUAUUUAUUGAGUGUCUGCUUUGUGCUCAGCGCUACUCAGACACUGUGGGUUGAUACAAAGAUUUAAGAGAUGGAGUGUCCGCUUCAGAGGGCAACACUUGGUUGCCAUUUACGCUGGCUCCACAGUUAAAGAACGAUGGCAGCGCGUUUCUGGCAGGUGUACGGGGAGGGUUUGGGGAGGCCCCUGGGGCUGGUUGUGUGUUAUCAGGAAGAUGGCCAGCAAACAACUUGGCAGUGAGGAGGCCAGGUCCUCUAACUCCUCUUGAGUCUUCUUCCCUCUCCUUUAGACCUAGCCCCCGAAGGAGCUGUGCUCCAGUUCACGAGCACUGUGGGCAAAUUACUAUUGUACUCGGAUUAAGUUAAUAUGAAGAGACUGUGUCAUCCUUUACACGUGGGUUAAAUUAAAGUGAACAUUGCGUGCCAUUCCCAACUCCCGCAGCCCCACCUGCUCACUGGCACCGUCCUCACAAGUGGCCCAUCCAGAUUCCAGACAAAACCCAACACUUGCUCCCGAGAUAGGGCUUUUUUUUUUUUCCUGUUCUAGCAACUUGAC